CCUUCUUCCUCUGCGCCCCGUCUCCAGGUCUUCUCUCGCUCUCGGUCUCUUCACUUUCAAAGGCAUUAAAAUCGGAAAAAGGAGAGAAAAAACUCCAAAAUUUUGGCGCUUCCUCUCUGUAAAACCCUAAUCAACGAUCCUUUGUUCUUCCUCCGUUCUUCUCUCUCUCUCUCCGAUUCUCCAUUUUUCCGAUUCCAUUUGGCCGAUCUGUUUCACUUCCCUCACUGUUCUACUUCCUCAAUCUCCUCCUUUCAAGAUCUCUGCGAUUUUCUGAUUUUUGAACCUGCAGUUUAGUAGCUGAACUCUGGCGGUUUUUCGCCGAGUGUAAAUGGCGGAUCCGCCAGGUAUCCGCCAUCUCUCCGCCUUUUGUGAUAUACGUAAAGCUGCGAGUGUUCCUGUUCUUGUUGUUAUUGUUUUUUGUUGCGUUCGAUUCGCGCUCGUAGACUUGCCGUGCUGUGACGAUUGACGAGAUUGAAGCAUGCUGAACGUGGUACGCGUGCACCUGCCCUCUGAUAUUCCUAUUGUAGGUUGCGAACUCACGCCCUACGUGCUCCAUCGACGGCCUGAUAAGAACAUUAGCACUGAUGAUGUUUCUGAGUCCGCUGCACUUGGCGGUCAAUUCCUGAGAUACAGAUGGUAUCGCUUACAAAGUGAUAAAAAAGUUGCUGUUUGUAGUGUACAUCCUUCUGAGCAAGCCACUUUACAAUGUUUAGGUUGUGUUAAAGCCAAAAUUCCUGCUUUUAAAAGUUAUCAUUGCACCACCAAAUGCUUUUCUGAUUCUUGGCAGCAUCAUCGUGUUCUACAUGACCGUGCUGCUAGUGCUAUGAAUGAAAAUAGUAAUGAAGAGGAAGAGUUAUUUGGACGUCAUAACAAUAAUAAUAAUGCAGCACCUGGUGCCAUCAACCCCAGCUCUUCUAGCAUGCUCAAUGGUUCAACAACAUUGUAUCCUGCAGCUGUUACCCAAAAGACUGGUGUGGAAACUUGGUUAGAAGUUGGACGCUGUAAGAGUUACACACCAACGGCUGAAGAUAUUGGCCACGUUCUUAAGUUUGAAUGUGCUGUGGUUGAUGUUGAAACCAUGUUAUCUGUGGCAUCUCCACUUACUGUCUCAACUUCUCGGGUCAUUCCAGCUCCAUCUCCUACUCCACGUCACUUAAUACCUGUUAAUGGGGUUGAUACGAUGGGAAAGAUAGAUUUGGAUGGUCGAGUAUCAUCAUCAGGAACUUUUACAGUGCUUUCCUACAAUAUUUUGGCUGAUGUUUAUGCCACAAGUGAAACAUUCAGUUAUUGCCCUUCAUGGGCCCUUUCAUGGCCAUAUCGGCGACAAAAUCUGCUAAGGGAAAUAGUUGGCUAUCGUGCCGAUAUAAUUUGUCUUCAGGAGGUUCAGAGCGAUCACUUUCUGGAAUUUUUUGCUCCUGAACUUGACAAACAUGGUUAUCAAGCACUUUACAAGAGAAAAACCAAUGAGGUCUACAAUGGGAACAUUCAAACAAUUGAUGGCUGUGCAACAUUUUUUCGUAGAGAUAGAUUUGCACAUGUCAAAAAAUAUGAGGUUGAGUUCAACAAAGCUGCACAAUCUUUGACUGACCCAGCUACUAUUUUAACUGCUCAAAAGAGAAAUGCUUUAAACAGAUUAAUCAAGGAUGAUGUUGCACUUAUCGUAGUUCUUGAAUCAAAAUUCAGCACUCCAACGGUUGAUAAUCCAGGAAAAAGGCAGCUUGUUUGCGUGGCUAAUACGCAUAUUAAUGGGAAUCAAGAUUUAAAAGAUGUCAAACUCUGGCAGGUGCAUACUUUAUUGAAAGGACUGGAGAAAAUAGCUGUUAGUGCAGAUAUUCCAAUGUUGGUCUGUGGGGAUUUUAAUUCUGUUCCUGGAAGUGCCCCACAUCAUCUCCUUGCUAGGGGGAAGGUGGAACCAACACAUCCAGAUUUAGCUGUAGAUUCUCUAAAUCUAUGUCAGCCACAUAGCAAAUUGUCACAUCAACUACCUUUGGUUAGUGCAUACUCCUACUUUGCAAUAAAGGGAGUUGGUAACGGUUCAGAUAAGCAGAGGAAAAGGCUGGAUCCUACAACAAAUGAACCCUUAUUUACGAAUUGUACUAGAGAUUUUAUUGGAACCCUGGACUACAUUUUCUACACAGCGGACACUUUAACAGUGGAGUCUUUGUUAGAGCUCCUGGAUGAGGAGAGCUUGAGGAAAGAUACAGCACUUCCAUCCCCAAUAUGGUCCUCCGAUCAUACAGCACUCCUUGCCGAGUUUCGGUGCAAAUCUCGAUCUAGACGUUAACCACGCAUAGUGUAGUUCAGGCGUGGAAGAAAAGCAUCGUAGCAAAGAUGCAGAAGAAAGAAAAGUUUGUGUUUGUUGAGAAAGUAAAUUGAAUAUAGUAGGGGAAUAGUGGCGGAUCAUGCGGUGUUCAAUGUCCACAGGUAUCUCCACAUGAGAUCUCAUCGUCACUAUGAUCUGCGUUUGUAUUUGUGGUACCCUCUUCAUCUCAUAGUAAAAGUUUUUUUUUUCUUCAAUCUCAUGCCUUAAUCCCUUUGCAUUAUACACCACUUUUGCUUCUUUCCUAUCACUCUUCAAUACCAAUUUCGUAACCUGGGCACAAAUGCACAAACCUUACCCCUCCCUCUGUAGAGCCCCUUUCUAAAAGAGAGAUGCCUAAAUGACCUUUGCAGCAAUUAUAUUUUCUCUAA